UCAAAAUGUUUAGGGAUGCAGCUCAAACACAUAUAGUUGUGGCUGCACUACUAGUGACGGUUACCUUUGCAGCCGGCUUCACACUACCAGGAGGUUUUGAGAGCGAUAAAGAUAGCCUUGAUAAAGGAAUGGCGAUUCUAACAAAGAAAUCAGCAUUCUGUGCAUUCGUUGUCGCAGAUGCCAUUGCCUUUGUAUGCUCCGCGGGGGCUGUGUUUAGCUACUUUUUCAUGGCAAUGACUCAUUGCCCCACGACCGAACUAGAGCUGAGCAUUCUGACGGACAUUUACAUGUUAGCAACAGUUUUGCAGUUCCUAUCAAUGUCAGCUGUUGUUAUUGCAUUUGUAACUGGUUUGUAUGCUACUUUGGCAAAUUCAGUUGGUCUAGCUGCUAUUGUUUGUGUCAUAGGUUGCCUUGCGUUCCUUAUUUAUGUCUUGGUUUUCUAUCUUUUUUUCAAAAGAUUGAUCGAAGACAGAGCAAUACCAAAUCAGUAG